AUUAAAAUUUGUGAUGGAAUCGAAGAUUUGGCUAAAACCUUGUCUCAACAGAUUCGGUUUCCUCUUGAUUGGUCUGCUUUUAACUCACGGUUGUUAUGCAGUCGAAAUUCGAAGACUUGUUGUUCCCCGGUGGAUUCAAAAUGGAACUGAAGAUUAUAUUGUUCUGGAUUGUGAUUACGUCUACAAUGAAAAUGAUUUCCGCCUUGUAGUCAAAUGGUUCUUCGAAGAUAAUUUAGAGCCCGUAUACCAGUGGAUUCCCGAGCUCAACAGAAAGCAUACAUCAGGCAUUUUACAAAACCGCUUGGAUCUGAACUUUGAGAUCAAUACAAUGGACUCAUAUUCUCGCUUCAGAGCUUUGAGGAUACCUCGGCCUUCAAUCGAACUUAGCGGGAAAUAUACAUGUCUAGUUUCUUCCUUGGCAGGUCAAGAUUCAAGAGAGCAAGUCAUGACUGUGUUUGUUCCAGCCCAUGAAUUUGAGCUAGGAUAUGUAGAGACUGGUCAUAAUUCUGUCAACGUUUCCUGUAAAGCUUUAGGAGUUUUUCCUUCUCCAGUUCUCAGGUUAUACUUGAGACCUUCCAGUGGAAGUCCACCACAAGCAGUGACUGAUAUCAAACUGAAGGCGGUUAUGCGACCGUCUGGUGCCUAUGAUGCUAUUGUGUACAGGACGUUUAAAAUCAAUGAAAUUUUCUCAAAAGGUGCCACAGUGUUUGAAUGUGUGUUAGAACUACCUGGCACCAACUAUGUUCAGUCAAAAAGGAUAGCCUACUUCCCAGGAAUUCAAGGCCAAAGAAUAGAAGUUCCCCAUGGUCUGUCUUCAUCAGGAACAAGCUCUUACGAUUCGACGAACAAACGCCAAUGUCUUUUUUGUUUUGCAUACAUUUUGUUCACCUACGCUUACACACAUGUACGCAUUACUUAAAAGCAGAUGCAGUCAGUAGUUGAGCUUUACUUCUCAAAAUAAAAUUUCCAUGUGUGACUAUCAGAAACUUUGAAUUGUGUGAUAUGUGUUUUAAAUGUGAUUUAUAUGUUCUCCCGUGAAGUAUUUUGAAAAUUCUUAUAAAUGUGUAACUGAUUGUUCUCACUCAUGGUGCAGAUUGCAUUUUGCUGAAAUUUGUGUACUGUUACUUGGAAUGUAUUUUAGUGUUUGA